AUGGCGCCAGCACUGCGCUCCCGUACGCUGAAGAAGAAUGACUUCCCUACUUUUUUCAAGCCACUCAAACCAAUACUAUUUUCCGAGUCCCUCAGCACAAAACCAUCUCCGAUACCGCCGAACAUACGCUCACUCAGCUGGUCACCUACCGGCACCCUGAUCGCGACCUGUACAGGCGCAGAUUGCCGGAUAUGGAACUCUGACCGUCCGAAUGUCAAGAGCAGCACACAACUCAAGAAUGCACAUGCCAAAGGCGGCGUGGAAUAUGGCACGCCUGGUGUGGCUGGCGAUACAGUGGAGAGGGUAGCUUUUUGUCCGACAACGGAAGGCGUGCUCGCGAGUACAGGUCUAGACGGCAUGGUACGACUGUGGGAUGUUAGGGCACCAGGAGCAGCUACGGGCGUGAGUGGAAAGGGCACAGCAUUGGCGGAUUGCAAGACAGGUGGCGAUAGUGCGUUCCUGACAUGGCAUCCGAAUGGUCAGGAUAUGCUAGUGGGGAGACGGGACGAUGUGGUGCAUUCGGUAGAUGUCAGACGCAUGAAUGGUAUAGAUGGCACGGCACAGUACGAGCUUCAAUGCGAGAGGAAGAUGGACAGGGGCAAGCACAUCUUGUAUGCUAUGGCGUUCUCGAACUCGGGACGGGAAGUCUUUGCUACGACGCAGGAAGGUUCGGUGAGGAUCCUGGACUAUCCGACUAUGUCCCAUCUGCAUACUCUGUCUGGACAUACCGCUGCGGCAUACACUGUUGCCCAAUCGCCUACAGGAGGCUACGUUGCAAUUGGCUCAGGCGACAGCACGAUCAGCAUGUGGGAUACAUCCAUGUGGCUGACUACACAUACACUCUCGGCGCCAUCACAGGUGACAAGUGUUCGAGAUCUGUCUUUCAGCUUCGAUGGAUCGUAUGUCGUGGCUGGAGCAGGGCCGGACUCGAAGGAUGGCGUACCUGGGCUCAACAUUUUCCAUGCUGACACUGGUGAUGUUGUGCACACCAUCGAGACGACUCAUUGUCCUAGCUAUGUGGCGUGGCAUCCGACAAGAUACUGGCUUGCUUUUGCUGGGGACGCGGGUGGCAUGAAGGUGCUUGGGUCUGGGACAGGUCUGUGA